UGCAAAGGCCUCUUGUUUGUGCCUGACAUUGUCCACUCGUCUUUCUUUUGGGUCUGGCAUGGGAUCCCAUACGUCACGUACAUGUACACGGUGUGAGCCCUCUUCCCCUGCCUCUUUCACCUGUUGAAUGAACCAACCCCAUCCUCCCUCCUUUUGCCUUCCUUCUCCCCCUUCCCCAUCAUCCUCUUUCUUUCUCACCCUCUCUUCAACACGCCUUCGCUUUCCCACCGUAUCCUGGUGCUAGAGAACAGCCAAAAAGCCUUGUCUGGACACACCUAACCGACAACUGACUCGAUAGGCGCCACCUUACGCGGCCUUACUCUCGUAUUUUCUUUACAUACACACACUGAAAUUGGAGUUGGCAUCCCUCAUCCAACCAACCCAAACUCGAUCUCGAUCUCGCAACUAAAACAACAUGGAAUACGAAGACGUUCUUACAAAUCAGCCCGUCGUUAUUGACAAUGGUUCGGGAGUCAUCAAAGCUGGCUUCGCUGGAGAUGAUCAACCAAAAUGCUUCUUCCCUUCCUUCGUUGGACGCCCCAAGCAUCUCAGGAUCAUGGCAGGAGCAGUUGAAGGAGACGUGUUUAUUGGCAAAAAGGCUCAGGAACUGCGUGGUCUGCUCAAGAUCAAGUAUCCGAUUGAACACGGCAUUGUCCAGGACUGGGACGACAUGGAGAAAAUCUGGCAGUACAUUUACUCGGACGAGCUCAAAACCAUGUCGGAGGAGCAUCCUGUCCUGUUGACCGAGGCACCCCUCAACCCAAUGAGGAACCGCGAGAUGGCUGCACAAAUCUUUUUUGAAACCUUCAAUGUGCCUGCCCUCUUCACCUCCAUACAAGCAGUAUUGAGUCUGUACUCGUCUGGACGAACGACCGGUGUUGUACUUGAUUCAGGAGACGGUGUGACCCACUCCGUCCCUGUGUAUGAAGGUUUCGCUAUACCCCAUGCAAUUCAACGUGUCGAUAUUGCCGGCAGAGAUGUCACGGAAAAUUUGCAGUUAUUGCUUCGCAAAGCCGGCUACCACUUCCACACCACUGCCGAAAAGGAGGUUGUGCGCAUUAUCAAGGAAAAGACGUGCUAUCUGCCACUGUACCCUGCCAAGGAAGAGAAGGAUGCGGGAGAGAAGAAGGAGGACUUUAUGUUGCCCGAUGGAAACAUGAUCAAGCUGGGAACUGAGAGAUUCAGGGCGCCCGAGAUCCUGUUCAAUCCAGAGCUUAUUGGACAGGAAUACCCAGGCAUCCACCAGGUUGUUGUUGACUCGAUCAGCCGAUCGGACAUGGACCUGCGCAAGUCAUUGUAUACCAACAUUGUUUUGUCUGGAGGAUCGACUUUGUGCAAGGGAUUCGGAGACCGUCUUUUGCAGGAGGUCAAGAAGCUAGCUCUCAAGGAUAUCAAGAUCAAGAUCUCGGCACCCCCAGAGCGCAAAUACAGUACCUGGAUCGGUGGUUCUAUUUUGGCCUCGCUGAGCACAUUCAAGAAGAUGUGGGUGUCCGCAGAAGAAUACCAGGAGGAUCCUUACAGGUGUUUCUCAUCCAUGUGGUAAAAAAGAAAAAAAGAAAAAGAAAAAGAAAAAGAAAAAAAAAGACAAUGCCAUCCCCGCCAGCGACG